CUCAACUCAUUCACUUGUUGCUUGAAAAUCAAUAACUUAAUACAUGAUAAAAGUUCUCUUCAGUUUGAUAUUAUAAUUUAGUCCAUAGUUAAACUAACAUUCUUAUUAAAUUUUGUGUCAUUAAUUUACAACCUCCUUGAGAAUCUGUUUAAUAAAAAGUAAGUGUCGAGGUUGCCGCGUACGCUGACUGUGACUGUGUGGCAGCGAAGCGAGAUAACGAGUUUGCAUUCUAUUGCCCUAAAUCCGCCGGUACACGACACGACUGUCAUUCAGUUGGUUUUAAAACACGACAGCAGCAAGACGUGACAAUGGCAAGCGGAAGGAUAGUUGUAUACGGUGGCCGCGGAGCUCUCGGCGCUGCUUGCGUCAACCACUUCAAAUCCGCCAACUGGUGGGUAGCUAGUGUGGAUCUCAAUCCGAACGAGAAUGCUGAUUGCAACAUUGCAGUUCCCAAGGACGCUUCGUGGGUGCAGCAGGAGGAACACGUGGUGAAUGAACUCGGCGCCGCGCUACAAGGUCAGAAAGUGAACGCUGUUAUAUGUGUCGCCGGUGGUUGGGCAGGCGGAAACGCCGCCAAGGAUCUCAGCAAGCAGACUGACUUGAUGUGGCGCCAAUCUGUGUGGAGCUCCACUAUUGCAGCAACACUUGCCGCAAAAUACUUGACCCCAGGAGGUCUGCUUGCCCUAACGGGAGCUAAAGCUGCCCUCGAAGGUACACCCGGUAUGAUCGGAUAUGGCCUUGCUAAAGCUGCUGUCCACCAACUCACAAAAUCUUUGGGUGCAAAAGACUCGGGGCUUCCCGAAAAUUCAUUAGCUGUAGCCAUUCUCCCGGUCACCUUGGACACAGAAAUGAAUAGAAAAUGGAUGCCAAAAGCUGACUUUGGAUCAUGGACACCUUUGAAUUAUGUGGCUCAGUUGUUUGACAAGUGGAUUAAAGGAGAAGAGCGCCCGCCAAGUGGCAGCUUAGUUGCUCUUGUCACAAAAGACAAUGUGACAGAUUUAAUUGUCCAAUAGAUCUUGCCAGGCGGAUAUGUUGUCAACAGCCUAUUUUUCAUGACAAUAAGGAGUAAAUAUUGCAUAAUAUUUAGUGUUGUUAUAGUAUUAGAAGCAUUUAUGAAACCACUAAAUGAUAUGCUUUUAAUGUUCUAAGUUGUUAAGAAUAUUAUCAGACAAUAAGGGAACAAAUCUCAUUUAAUUUUAUAAGUGUGUAUGUAUAAUGUAUACAUGAAAUGUAUAGAGCAGUGGUUCUUAACCUUUUACUGAUGAUCAAAGAUAAAGGAGUUAUCUCAUGCUCAUAACUUUAUCUACUGCACAUGACUACUAACUUAUCUCUAAUAUCAACUCCACAUAAAUAAAUAUGCGACAGACCACUACUGACAAUUUAAUCUCCCCUAGAAAUUGUAAAUCAAUAGUGUACUUCCUAAGUAAUAGUUUUUCCAAUGGCUUGCUCCCAGUGCCUCCAGGAUCAGUCUGCAGACCAC